AUGCGCAUUAGAUUUGUUGGCAAAUUUAGGGAUAUUUGUGAAUCCGAAUAAAUUGUUCCGUGUUUGUCACCUUGAUUCGGUGCCGUGGAUAGAUGAGUCCUAUGAACCGAUUACGUUUUUUUAUAAUCUAAAAUAAACAACUAUUAAACCAAAAUGGAUGUGUUUUUGAUGAUAAGACGGAAAAAAUUAACAAUUUUCACCGAUGCUAAGGACACUACGACUGUACUGGAACUGAAGAAGAUUAUUGAAGGCAUUCUCAAGGUAGCACCACAAAACCAGCAACUGUUCAACAAAGACAACACUGUAAUGGAAGAUAGCAAAAUGCUGCAGGAUUACGGUCUUACUUCAAGCAUUGCUAAAGCCCAAAGUCCUGCCACAGUAGGCCUCGCAGUUAAAGAUGAUAAUGGACAAUUUGAACCCCUGGAACUAACACAAUACUCAGCACCACCAGAUCUACCAGAUGUGAUGAAGUCCCAAGAGAGCAAUGGUCAAGAGCAGCAGCCUUGAACAUCAUUGCUCUUGCUUAAUACAUCGAAAACUAUAUAAAAAAAUGCUAUUCAGCUGCAACCAAAUGAAUUUUCAUUUUUUUCUCAUCAUUGAGUAACAUUAAUUUUUAAUCUGAUGGUAAAUUAUUUGAAACAAUGUGGACAUGUAGCCUAAAUCUUAAAUAUCAUCACUGUGAAAUGUAAACAUUUUAAUGGACUUUAUUAUUAGUUUUUGACUAAUGCCUUUUCAUGACAUAAGUACUGUUGUGAUAGUUUUAUAACUGUAGAUGAAUUUUGAUCUAAUCACCUCAUUAUUAUUAAAUUCAUAUUUUAAUGUAAAGGCUUCAGCUUGUAUAAAUUAUUUUCUUUUGUAAGCUAGUUAGUCUGAAAAAUUUAGUGUAAGACAUAUAUGGUUCAGUAUGAUGUGGGUGAUAGGAUGGGUAUUUCUUAAAACAUUUUUACUCAAAACACUUAACAAAGGAUUUGAGAUUUAUAAAUAAAUAAAUAUGUGCAUAUAAAAUACCCAUCUUCAUAUUUUGAUUUGUGUGAAUGAAAAUUAUGUUGAGAAAUGUCCACUAUUAAGUAUUACUUAAAUUAUUAAAAUAUGCUUGCAUUACAUGAAUUCAGUACCUAUUCACCAUAAAUGGUGGUAUUUAAACUAACAGUGUUUAUUAGAUUUCAUUUAUUGCUAGCCUAUUUUUUGUUACGUAUUACGUCGUGGUUUCUUUGUAUAUGAUUUUUGGAAAACAUCUCCAAUUGGAUAGUCAAUAUGGUGAAAGACAUUUCGUUGAACUAAUAAAUUUGGUGUGUGGUGCAGUAUGUGAUUUUUUUCGAAAUUUUCAAUUGAAAAGGAGCUGGCAUUCUUUUCUAACAAUAGAUGCUUCAUUUAAAUUUAUUUAACAUUGUAAAUGUAAUGAAUGUUACCAGUUCAAAUAAAAAUAUAAAUUAAAUAUUAGUUUUUCCUUUACAGUCAAAUAAGUUUCUUAUUGUGUAUCCAACUUUGUUUGAAAUUGUGUUCGUUUUAAUUAUUGUGCAAUUAUAAAGCCAUAUUUCCUAAAUAACUGCAAAGUAACACCAUUACUUCUUAACUCAAUAAUAUCCUUAGUCAUUUUGUAAAUUCCUAUUAUUGGUUGUAAGUUCAUUUUAACUGUAAAUUCCUGGUAUUUAUAUUUAAUAUAUAGAAAUAAAAAAAAAUAAAUGAA